AUGGAUCAAGUAAAUGAUAAACUCAAUAUAACAUUUAUCACUUUUGCUGGUCAUGUAGAGCUGCAAACUUACAGAUUCCUUUAUUUUACAAUCAUGUUUAUUGUUUAUAUUCUAGUAAUUGUUUGUAAUUCCACCAUCUUGUUCAUGGUGUGGAUUGAAAAAAGCCUUCAUGAGCCUAUGUACAUCUUCAUUGCGGCGUUGCUCCUCAACUCUCUUUUUUUCAGCACUAAUAUAUACCCAAAACUGUUGAUUGACUUUUUAUCUGACAGGCAGAUGGCAUCUCUUUUCCAGUGCUAUAUUCAGAGUUUUAUUUAUUACUCUCUAUGUGGCUCGGAAUUUUUACUGUUGUGUGUCAUGGCCUAUGACAGAUAUGUGUCUAUAUGUAAGCCUCUGCAGUAUCCAACUAUCAUGACUAAGACAACUAUCAGAGUUUUGCUGGGUUUUGCAUGGUUUGUGCCGGCUUGUCAGCUCGUACCCUCACUUUUUCUGAGCAGUAGCAUGGAAGUCUGCAAUUUGACAUUGGAAGGUAUUUAUUGUAAUAAUUCAAUUUCCCAAAUUUAUUGCGUCAGCUCUAGUGCUGCAUAUCUGAUAUAUGGUGUGUUUAUAAUACUUAAUACAAUAAUUAUCCCUAUAAUUUUCAUAAUUUUUACGUACAUAAAAAUACUUAUAGUAGCCUAUCAAAGCAGCACAAAUGUGAGGAGAAAAGCUGUGCAGACAUGUUCACCUCACCUGCUGGUCCUCAUCAGUUUUUCAUGUUUGUCCACUUAUGAUGUGGUCAUAGCUCGACUGAAAAUUGAUUUGCAUAAAACGACACGUUUUAUAUUGACUUUACAAAUAGUUUUGUAUCAUCCUCUUUUUAAUCCCAUUGUGUAUGGCCUAAAGAUGAAAAAGAUCUCCCACCACCUCAAGAGGUUUUUCUUUCGAGGCAAACUCAGUGUCAAAGCUGAUGUCUAA